AGGUUAUACUUUCUGAGGUUGAAAUAGAAUUUUCUAUACGCAUGUUUAUUAAAGGUAAUCAUAUUCUACCAAAUAUUAUUCGAGAAACAACUGCAUUAUCUCGAAUUAAUUUAAGUAAAGAAGCACAUGAUCUUGCAAUUACAAACCAUCGAGCAGAUAAGCAAACAACAAAAGAAAUAAAAAUGAAACUCCUCGUACCACAUAAUGGUAAUUCACAAAAUGAACUUGAACAUUUGUAUAGUGGUCAAAAUUCGAUAUGUGAUGAUGUGAAGCUUUGUCAACUUAUUGAAAAAGACAGUUUAC